UCUUGUUCCAAGGUUUAGAUAUUUAUUUGGGACCUUACUUGUUAUUGCAUUAUGUACUAGCUUUAUACAUUAUUUUCAAGAAAAAUAAUAUAGUGGUUGACAGCUUUCUUGUGGGGAUUUCAAUUGAGAAGUCAGAAAUUUCCUUAAGAAUUAGGUUUAAAUUAAAAUAUAUUUUGUGAAAAUUGAAAAGUAUAUAUUUUAUAUAAUUUUUAUAUACAUAAUGUAAUUUUUUGACAAAGACUCUUGACUGUAUGUGGUUACGUUACUAGGGUUUAAGGCUUGAAGAGAAAGGGAGAGAUUAUGAAAUUACUCUGCUUAUUGGAAUUAGGAAAUCUAUGAUGAUACUAGUUGUGAACUAAGUAUGCCUACUGCAAAUCCUGAAGCGACUGAUCAAGAAAAUGAAUUAUUUGCUGAGGUUGAUCCGUCUGGGAGGUUUGGACGAUACGAGGAGCUUCUUGGCCAUGGUGCUGUGAAGAUGGUGUAUAGAGCAUUUGAUCUUGAGGAAGGCAGAGAAGUAGCCUGGAAUCAGAUUAAAUUGAACAAUUUCAUUGGCAGUCCUUUCAUCAUCAGUAAGAUCCAUUCUGAAAUCGAGUUGCUGAAGAAUUUGAAGAAUGACAACAUCAUUGUCAUGUACCAUUUCUGGAAAGACACUGACCAUAACAUUCUGAAUUUCAUAACCGAGGCAUGUGCUUCUGGUAAUUUGAGGGAAUACAGGAAAAAGCAUCGUCAUGUUUCAAUCAAGGCCUUGAAGAAGUGGUCAAGACAGAUAUUGCAAGGCUUGGAUUUUCUCCAUACUCACAAUCCUUGUGUUAUACAUAGAGACCUCAAUUGUAGUAACAUCUUUAUCAAUGGAAAUGUUGGCAAGGUGAAGAUCGGUGAUCUUGGUUUGGCAACAAUCGUGGGGAAGAGCCAUGCAGCACAUUCUGUACUAGGGACGCCAGAGUAUAUGGCACCAGAGCUUUAUGAAGAGAACUAUACAGAGUUAGUAGAUGUAUACUCGUUUGGGAUGUGUUUGAUUGAAAUGGCUACUCUGGAGAUACCUUACAGUGAAUGUGACACUUUAGCCAAACUAUACAAGAUAGUAACUUCUGGGAAAAAGCCACAAGCUUUUAACAGGGUGAGUGAUCCCGAGUUGAAGGCCUUCAUUGAAAGAUGCGUUGGUCGGCCAAGAGCAAGACCCUCUGCAGCUGAAUUGUUGAAGGAUCCUUUCCUUUCUGAUUAUGAUGAGAAUGAUCUUGAUAGUUGAUGCUUGUGUUCGAGUUCUGCUAUUUUACCAUAGUUGCAAAGGUUCCAACCCUUAACUACUUAAGUAUCAAAGGCUGCUUUGGGUUGGUUUCGUAAUGGGGCUGUUUUCCACAAGCUAUCAGCCGUCAACGCUGUUGAGUACUGUCCUUUGUACGUAGCUCGAGAUAACCUGCCUUCGUCUAACUCGGUAAGUGUGACAGUGUAAUAUAGCAAUCCAAUUGAGGUGUAAAGUCUGCACUUUAUUAAGUUGAAUAUGUUUGAUAUGAGAUUCAAUUCUUAGAUUCUCGUUUUACAAUUUUUUUGUAAAAUUUACUUAAUUGAUAAUAUGUAAGAAGAUGUUAUAUA